AUGACGACCAAUAGAGACCGGGUCGUUCGCAUUCCACGGUCAGACGACCCGAAUGGCUUUGUGCUGGUGUAUAUCGCGCCCGAACAAGACCCAGCGUCAAAGCUGAAGCUCAUCGCGACAGAGGGGGAGAAUCCCUACGUAACCUCGAUACAGCAAUCCCAUUUCAAAGAGCUCCGCUCCAAAAACUACCAAGGCAGCGACGAGGAGUUUGAGAAUAUCCUGGCCUCGGUGCUCAAGUAUCGGCCUGAUGAUGCUACUAGCAUUGACUCUGCGCAGCUUGGCGGCGAUAUUGAAGUGAAUGCGUCUAUUCGGCAGGCCAAAGAUGGCGCAAACCAGUUGGUUAUUGCUAUUCGCAAGCGCAUCGACACAAUCACACAACGAGUUGCAUCUAUACCACUCACCCAAGAUGACGACCAAACCAUCGAACUCUUCGAAUGGACGGGCCUCAUGACCACGCGCGCCGACUCGCUCGCACAACAAAUCUCCGCGCUGACAGAGCGGCUGCACGCCGCUGAAGAGUCCAUCAAAACCUUGAACUCGAGCAUCAGCGAGUUGGUCACCAGUAAAAAGGAACAUGAAGAGUUGUUGAUAGGGAAUUUUGUGCAGGUUCUCAACGAGAAAAAGCUCAAGAUUCGGAAUCAGCAGCGGCUUUUGGCGGCGGCCAAGAUUGACGGGGAUAAGAUCUCCGAGCUAAAACAAGCUUCUCAACAUCGUCACGCUGAGCCGAAAAGUAGAAAAGGAAAACGCAAACCCACCGACGUACCCUCAGACUCGGACGAGUUUGAACGUAUGGACGUUGACCACCAACAAGGCGGCCCUGGUGAUGAUGAGGCCAAAUCAGACGAAGAAGACGACCUAGAAGGAAGAGAGACACCUCAGCCUCUCGAGGAGGAAACCGAGUCCGAGGCCGAAGAGGCACGGUCUUCCGAUAAAGAAAGCCCUGCGCCAAAGGAAAACAAAUAUACGCGUCCGCCUCUGGCCCAGUCGGCAGAUCCACCACCAAGACGAGAUUUGCCAUUUUCGAAAAGAACUACUGCUCCUGGUACCAAGGCAGCAGAGCCGUCCAAAGCUGAUGAUGCUGAUCAAGAAGACGGGGGAGAAACUGAUGAUGACGAAUUGUAA